AUGGACUCGGACUCUCUAGACUUGGGCUCGGACGUCUCCCUUGGCUCAGACGACCUCGACCUUGGGUCGGACGACCUCGGUCUCGGUGGCGACGACGACGACCUUGGCCUCGGGCUUGACGACGACGACGACGAUGACCUCGGCCUCGGCCUUGGCCUUGGCCUGGACGAUGACGACGACGACCUGGGCUUGGGCUUGGAUGACGACGAUGAUGACCUUGCGACGCGGGCAGAUCUGGGGCUGGACGACGAUGAUCUGGGAGGUGAUGAUGACUUGGGCCUCAGCGAUGUUUCGGGACUGGAUCUGAGUGGAGAGGAUGGUCUGGGAGAUGGGAGCUUGGACGAUGUGCUGUUGGACAACUCGGGCGACAAGCUUCUGCUCGAGACCUCGGACGACGUUGACAUUAGUUUGGAUGGGUCGGAGAUUGGGGCAGAGGCAGAGGCAGAGGCCGAGGCCGCUGCUGCUGCAGAGGCCGAGGCUGCUGCGGCUGCGGAAGCAGAGGCCGCUGCGGCUGCGGAGGCCGAGGCUGCUGCGGCUGCGGAAGCAGAGGCCGCUGCGGCUGCGGAAGCAGAGGCCGCUGCGGCUGCGGAAGCAGAGGCCGCUGCGGCUGCAGAGGCCGCUGCGGCUGCAGAGGCCGAGGCUGCUGCUGCUGCGGAAGCAGAGGCCGCUGCGGCUGCGGAGGCAGAGGCUGCUGCUGCUGCGGAGGCAGAGGCCGCUGCGACUGCGGAAGCAGAGGCCGCUGCUGCUGCAGAGGCAGAGGCUGCUGCGGCUGCGGAAGCAGAGGCCGCUGCCGCUGCUGCUGCAGAGGCAGAGGCUGCUGCGGCGGCGGCUGCAGAGGCCGCUGCCGCUGCAGAGGCAGAGGCGAAGGCCGCUGCAGAGGCAGAGGCGAAGGCCGCUGCAGAGGCAGAGGCGAAGGCCGCUGCAGAGGCAGAGGCGAAGGCCGCUGCAGAGGCAGAGGCGAAGGCCGCUGCAGAGGCAGAGGCGAAGGCCGCUGCAGAGGCAGAGGCGAAGGCCGCUGCAGAGGCAGAGGCGAAGGCCGCUGCGGAAGCAGAUGCGAAGGCGGCUGCAGCUGCGGAGGCAGAGGCUGCUGCAGCUGCGGAAGCAGAGGCCGCUGCCGCUGCAGAGGCAGAGGCUGCUGCUGCUGCGGAAGCAGAGGCGAAGGCCGCUGCGGAGGCAGAGGCUGCUGCUGCUGCGGAAGCAGAGGCGAAGGCCGCUGCGGAGGCAGAGGCUGCUGCUGCAGCAGAGGCAGAGGCUGCUGCAGCUGCGGAAGCAGAGGCCGCUGCUGCUGCGGAGGCAGAGGCGAAGGCUGCUGCAGAGGCAGAGGCGAAGGCGGCUGCCGAAGCAGAGGCGAAGGCUGCUGCAGAGGCAGAGGCCGCUGCGGCUGCAGAGGCAGAGGCCGCUGCAGCUGCGGAAGCAGAGGCGAAGGCUGCUGCAGAGGCAGAGGCCGCUGCGGCUGCCGAAGUAGAGUCGAAGGCUGCUGCCGAGGCAGAGGUGAAGGCGGCUGCCGAAGCAGAGGCCGCUGCGGCUGCAGAGGCAGAGGCAAAAGCGGCUGCGGAAGCCGAGGCCGCUGCGGCUGCGAAAGCAGGGGCAGAGGCAAAGGCUGCUGCAGAGGCCGAGACCGCUGCAGCUGCGGAAGCAGAGGCCCCUGCGGCUGCCGAGGCAGAGGCCGCUGCCGCCGAGUCCGAGGCUACUGCUGACGCCGCUUCCACUGCUGCUGCCCCCGAGGUAGAGGCUGCUCCUUCUGCCGACGUGGAGACUGAUGUUACUGCCGAGGCACAGGCUGCGGCCAAUGUCAAGUCAGAUGCAGAUGCAGAGGGGGAGGCUGCCGCAACCCCAGAGGACGGGAUCGACGCCGCUGUGGCUACAGAGACCGCUGCCGAUGUCGCUACUGAGGCCGAGAACGGGGUCGAGUCCGACGGAGUCGAGAUCGCAGAAGCAACGCACUCAGAAACGGCCGAGCCCGACGCCGCAAAGACGCUCGACACCUCGCUCAAUGUGGCAGACCUCGCCACGUCGCGCCGCAAGCCAUCAACGGCUGCAUCGCCCUCACCCUCGCCCUCGCCGCGCUCCCGCGGCGACCUGCUCGCCACCCGCUACCGCAGCAAGCGCGCCCACGAGGCCAAGCUCAAGUCGAUGGCCAAGCUCGGUGCCCUCGAGCGUCGCCUCGUCAAGUGGAACGCGUACAUGGCCAAGAAGACCGAGCGCGAGGGCCUCAUGUGCGUCGACCUCGACGUCGCCGCCAUCGUCGACCUCCGCGACAUUGUAGACCAGCUGGAGGUCUCGGCACCCGAGCCUGGCACCUCGUUUGCCGUUCACUACAUGAACCGCGCCAUGCGCGAGAUGUGGACAACCGACCUCGCGUACUACAAGCUCAAUCCGGCCCACAUCAACGUCGCCUCGUGGUUCCGCAACGGCUCGCGUUGGGACGCCGCCGUCUGGCACAACAACUACAUGCCCUCGCUCGACCCGGAGCUUUAUGCUGCCCUCCAAGACCGCGCCGCCACCAUGCGCUCCCGUGCGCGCAAGAGCGCUGCCAUCGCCGCGAAGCGCUCGCCGCGCCGCCGCUCCUCGGGCCGCACCGUCGGCAUGGGCCCGCCGCCCGCAGACCUCACGGCCGAGCUCCUCGCCUCCUACCGCGGCAUCUCGCCCUCGUCGCCGGCCAUCCGCCACGCCGUCGCUACACACUCCUCCUUCGCUGGCUCGCGUCCGCUCUUCUAACCCGCUCACAUAAACUGCGCAAUGACCAGUCCGCUCACCACCCCCAGUGUGAGACCCGACGUCAGCGACGCCACCAUGAUCAUGCCGGCCAGCUCCUUGUC